ACAUUUUGUUUUAAAUUUCCAUUUAAUCGUAAAAUUUUAAAAAAUGGUUGGAAGUUAUAGGAACUACAGCAGAACUUCGAGACAUCCCAAGAGGCCAUUCGAAAAGGAACGUUUAGACCAAGAGUUGAAGCUUAUUGGUGAAUAUGGCUUGAAGAACAAGCGUGAGGUCUGGAGGGUACAAUACGUCCUGUCUAAGAUCAGAUCUGCCGCUCGUUACUUGUUGACUCUUGAUGUCAAGGAUAACAAGCGUAUCUUUCAAGGUGAUGCCUUGCUUAGGCGUAUGGUUAGAUAUGGUUUGAUGAACGAGAAUGAGCAAAAGUUGGAUUUUGUGUUGGGUUUGACACUUUCUAAGAUGAUGGAGAGGCGUUUGCAAACAAAGGUAUUUAAACUUGGUUUGGCUAAAUCUAUUCAUCAUGCUAGAUGCAUGAUCAGACAGCGCCAUAUCUGUGUGGAUAAGCAGAUUGUUGAUAUUCCAUCAUUUUUGGUCAGAGUUGAUUCUGAGAAACACAUUGACUUUGCAAUCACAUCUCCAUUUGGUGGCGCUAGACCCGGAAGAGUUCGCAGGAAGACUCUUCGUUCCGGCUCAUCAGAGGAAUAAUUACUUUUUCUUGC